UUUUAUACCUCUUGCCCGAUGCAACACUGCAUAUGGAAGAAUUAGAAAUCAUUGCAAGUAAAAUUUCUGAUAUCACAAGGCUUGCAGAUAUGAGCAUGACACUUGCGGAGACUAUAUUGUCUAUACUAAACUAUAUUUUGCUGCAAGAAAAAGAUCAGAACAUUAGAAAAAUGACCAAUAGUAUCCUGAAGACAACUGAAGAGAUAGGCUACAAGGUGACUUACACAGAAAGACAGGCGUCUGUUAUAACCACCUCCUUGGCUUUGCUGGUGAUGCACCCAGAUCCCAGCGUGUUUGGAGGGCUGGCCUUUGGUGUUACCUCCUACAACAGAGGCAUGGAUCUCAAGAUCAGUGUUCAAGAAAACCCAUUCAAAAAGGCCAUGGCCUCGGUGUUUUUGCCAAAAUCACUGAAGAAAUUCCUAGGGAUCGAGCACGCUGACCCAGACAAGCAUUCAAAGAUCCAGUUUAAGUUUUUUGGCACUACUUCACUCUUUGUGGUAACUACGACUCCUAACGAAUGCUAACACAGCAGUUAUCAGUUCGGCUGUUCUUAGUGUG